AGUGAGUCAAGGCAGGAAUAGUAAUGGAGCGCUGAGAAGAGUGAAUGAAUGAUGGAACAUGGCUCUCUCCAGAGGAUUGCGAUGCUGUCAGAGGGUUUUCUCGUGGAUUCCUGUUCUCAUUAUCACAGCCGUCGUGUUGUGGUCGUAUUAUGCUUAUGUCUUCGAGCUGUGCCUCGUUACAAUCCCUAACACACUGGAAAAAGUGGUUUAUUUACUGGUGUUUCAUGUCUGCUUUGUGAUGUUCUCCUGGACCUACUGGAAGUCUAUAUUCACCCCUCCUGCUACACCAUGUAAAAAGUUUCAGUUGUCCUACUCAGACAAGCAGCGCUACGAGAUGGAGGAGAGACCAGAUGCUCAGAAACAAAUCCUUGUUGACAUAGCAAGGAAGCUGCCCAUUUUCACCCGAGCUCAGUCAGGAGCUAUCAGGUUCUGUGACCGCUGCCAGGUGCUGAAGCCCGACCGCUGUCACCACUGCUCUGUUUGUGAAACUUGUGUCUUGAAGAUGGACCAUCACUGUCCCUGGGUUAACAACUGUGUUGGUUUUUCCAACUACAAGCUUUUCCUUCUUUUCCURGCCUACUCAAUGCUAUACUGCAUAUUCAUUGCUGCCACAGUUUUUCAGUAUUUCCUCAAGUUUUGGGUGGGAGACUUGCCAAAUGGACCUGCUAAGUUUCACAUCCUCUUCCUCAUGUUUGUGGCAUUAAUGUUCUUUGUCAGUCUCAUGUUUCUUUUUAGCUAUCACUGUUGGUUGGUUGCCAAGAACAGAUCCACUUUAGAGGCCUUCUCAGCUCCAGUUUUUGUCAGUGGACCAGACAGAAAUGGGUUCGAUGUUGGCCUACGCAGAAACCUGCAGCAAGUAUUUGGAGAAAAUAAGAGAAUGUGGUUCAUUCCAGUUUUUACAGGUCAAGGAAAUGGUCACUACUUCCCUUUGAGGAGUCAGAAUUCUGAAUCUCAUAGCUCCUUAUUAGCUAAUGAGGACAUGUGGGAGGAGUCAGAUGAUGGGUCUGAAGAAGGAAGCUUGGUCGAGGACGUUGACCCGUCCGUUACCAUAGAGAUGGAGGAUUAAUUACCGCUUGUAUAAAGGAUGUAAACUUUUAUCUCACACUGUGUAACCAUGAAGUUGAACGCAUUCCACGUGGGAUGGUGGACGGGGCAGAGCGAGGGGUCUUACAACCUGCAUUUGGAUCACCUUUGCCAAUUUUCCCCUCAUGUUUUAGAUCAUUGUGAGCAAAUGAACUCGAUGGAAAACCAGCAGAGGCUUAAUCUUUUCUUUAAAAGAUGGAAAAUUAAAAUUUUAUUAGGAAAAAAUACCUCUUCAUCGAAAAGUGUAUAUAUUUUUUGUGAUAAUGGAGGAAGUGGAAAACAUGUCAUGUUCAUUUGUUUCAGAGUUGACUUUAGAGUGUUGCACCUUACUGUCUCUGCAGUGUGGUAUUUAAACUGACCUCAUGCCCUGAAAGCCCCAGAGUCUUAACAUAUAUACCAUACAAAAAAAACAGACUUACCUUUUAGUUUUUACUUUUAACACAAGCAUAUUAGAAAAUCAGACUUGACCAAUGCCUUACUCGAGUAUUCCUUUAUUUUGGGGGUGAAUUUCUCCCGAGAAUGUAUCCUGCCUGCGAACGCAUCGUGUAGACACUUUGGACAUACUGUUAAGUUUCUGAAAUCUUAUAUUCCUGGUUUAACAAAGUAUUCUAACAUGUUGUAGUCAAAACAUCAUUAUCAUAGCUGAUCAGACAAGUGACAGUAACUGGAAAAACUAACAUAGCAUUUGAGCUAACAAAACUGACAGUAUGAAAGCAAACUUAACAUUUGUUUUACAUUUUAGCGAAGUAGUACUCCUAAAAUACUGUAUGUUGUGACUUUAAUGCUGUUGGCUUCUUUACAAAGUAAAAAAAAAAAUGCAGUGAUAAAGGUUUUUUAAAGUCUGGGGUUAGCUCAUUAUUAAUAUCUUGUUUUCUAUCGUACCAACUGGCCCCAGUUCUAAAUCUGUACAUAUUUAAACAAUCCCUCGUCCACUGGAUGGAAGAGGGAUUGUCUGCAGUAUAUCAUUUUAAACAAAUGUGUUUACGUAUUGCUAAAAUGUUUAAUAUCAUUUAUCAAGACUGUUCAUUCAUUUUGCAUAUUUAACCAGUUUCUGUACUAUCUGAGUGAAAAAGCCAGGCUUUUAUUCAACUCUUGAUGCUCUUUGAUUGGGAUAGUUUUAAAAAAACAACUUUUUUUAAUGGUGAAGCCAAAUCAAACGCUGCUUAAGUUUAAAGUCCUUAUUUUGUUAAUUUAAUUUUUGAUCUGAGAUAUAUUUAAAGUGUGUAUAAGUGAUAGGAAUUCUGUCGGUGUUGAGUGUUUCAUAUUGUCCUGUCUAUUUAUUGUGAUAAUGUUCAGAUUUCUUUUCUUCUUGUGUGCUGAGUAAUUUUGACCUGCUGCAGGCAGUCUGUAUAUUUUGUUCCUGUAACACUUUAAACAACUGAAGUAAUUUUAUUGAAAAAAAUAUAGGAUACAAAAAAAACAACUAAACUAUUUGGACAGACGAGCGAAUACAUGGUAUAGCAUGGUAUUAAACUGUUUUGGAGUAUGGUGAUUGUGAUGCUCCCCCCCCCUUCUUACCCACCAGAAAAACCUCAACACACUUAUUUUCUGUUUUGUCUGUAAACAAAUAUAAAUUCUUUUUAUUGAUCAACCAGUUGUUACCAUGCGAAAUAAAAUGAUCCACAUUUUAA